AAAGUUUUCCUUCAUACAUACAACAAGCCCUUGUUAAGGGAGGCUUCUCACUUCUUUUUGGUCAACUUGUUUCGGAAGCUUUCUAUCCCUGUUUUAUUUCAAGAAUCCAAAGAAACGUCAGCGUGGCCCGCUGGUAGCUGUCCACAGCGCUAUUGAGUUGAACGCACACGAACAUUGUUGGAAAUUUAGAUUAUUGCCAACUCUUCGCCGGAGAAGGCAAGACUGUUGCAUUAGAGCCGUUUGCUCGCCUGGGCUAGCUUGUUAGUAUCCAGCACUUGUUUGUGCUCUCAUAUUUAUCCUGUCGAUUGAGUCAGCUGUUUUGUAUGCGUGGUAUCUGAGCAAAGACUGUCGGUGAGGGAGGGAACGAGAGAAAGAGAGAGCGUGCAGUGGAUACAGAAGAGGCGAGCUCCAGUAUCCUGAUUAAACUGAGGAGGAGGAGGAAGCUUCUAGUCGGAGAGAUUGGACAGAAAGACAAGCGAAGCCACUGCGGAGCGGGGGUGAAAAAGAUGCGAGAGGGGUCUGCACUGAUCGGUGCAGAGAGCAAGACUGGCCGAAAACAAGAGCAGAACUAUUGCUGAGCGGCUUGGCAGAAUCUGAAAGCAGUUCUCACUGCGAGCAUUCGCCAUGCGCCUUCCUAUGCGAGGCCCAUUCCUCUGGGCAUUAGAGGGGACUUGGGGCUCGGGGGACUGCUGAGCUCUCCGACCCGAUCGCGGCAGUGCUGGCCUGGAGGCCGGUUCAGAGAGGGCUGCAACACUUAAAUGGACUUCAUCAUUACAGCGUGAAAAACCCCUCCCAAAAGCAGAGAUUGAAAAGAAGCAGAGAGAGAGAGGGAGAGAGCAGAACAAAUCCGGAGACUGCAAAGGCCCCCGAACCUUGAGUACUCCUGCCCCAGGAGAACAAGUCGACGAGCGGAGACGCGGAGAAAAGCAGGGAAUGUGUGGAAGAGCUAUCCGUGCCUAGGGAGAGAGCGUCUCUACAGCGCCGAGCCUCUGUGACUGCCUGCCCGUUCAACCCCUCAAGCAGACACCUCGCUCGCUCUCGUCUUCCCGAAAUAAAACAAAAUCAGGCUGAAAUAUGAAAAGGUGCCAAUUCUCUGCUUCGCAAGCAUUUGGAUAAUGCGCGACAUUCGAUUCGGGACACCCAAAGAAUUUCCCAAUUCUUGCGCGAAACUUGGAGGCGAGGACCCGAGAAGCAGAGGAAGAAAGGGCGAUUGGGAUCAGCGGUGGGAACCGGAAAACUCCCAAAUCAGGUGAAAAUGAGCAGAAUCCUACCCUGGCUUUAUAUCAGCAAGAGAGGAAUUGUUUCACAAAGGCAACUAACUCUGUGGACCUGAGAAAAGCAGAUGAAACCAUCUAUUGAAAUGUUCUGGAAGUACAAAGGAAUCAAAUGAGAAGCUAACAUAAAGAAAACUGGAGUAGGGACAUAUCAUGAAUUAUACAGACAAGCACGUUACAGGACCUCGCUUUAAUAGUUAGAGUUUCAAGGACAGUUUUGAUUUUAGACCCACAGAACAAUUCAGCAUCAUUUAUUGAGCAGGUGAGUGCUGUUGAAAGCUUUUCACUCACAAACCCCUCGAGCACAAGGGGAUGGCUUUGCACAGUUUCAUUCUCUGGGUCUCACUAGCCUCAUUGAUGAAUGCUGCUGGAGUUUAUGCUGACUGCUGGCUCAUUGAAGGGGAGAAAGGAUUUGUGUGGCUGGCCAUUUGUAGCCAAAACCAACCACCAUACGAAUCCAUUCCUCAGCACAUCAACAAUACCAUAGUGGACCUCCGGCUGAAUGAGAACAAGAUCAAAAGUGUCCAGUAUUCCUCGCUCAAUAGGUUUGGUAACCUGACAGAACUCAAUCUGACCAAGAAUCAGAUUUCUUACAUUGAGGAUGGAGCCUUCUCCGCACAGUAUAACCUGCGUGUUUUGCAACUGGGAUUCAAUAAACUUCGGAACAUCACUGAGGGAAUCCUGCGGGGGCUGGGCAGGCUCGAAUAUCUCUAUCUCCAGGCCAAUCUUAUUGAGGUGGUGAGCCCCAAUUCCUUUUGGGAAUGUCCCAAUGUAAUGAACAUUGACCUGUCCAUGAACCGGUUGCAGACCUUGGAAAGUUCCACCUUCCUGGGCCUCGGCAAACUCACCACUUGUGAACUCUAUGGCAAUCCGUUUUAUUGCUCCUGUGAUCUGCUGGGCCUCCUGAAAUGGCUAGUACAGUUCAACAACACCACCAGGAGUUAUGACAGAACUCAAUGUACAUCUCCUUCAGAUUUUGCAGGGUAUCUUUUACUGAACCAGGGCCAGGCCAGUUCCAAGGAUGCCUUGAGUGUACUCGCUUCAAUGUGUAAUGAAGAUCUUGACACUGUUGAUCCCAGGUUUAUCUUCACACAGAAGCCCUCAACUACUACUGUCCCAGAAAGUCCCUGUGAAGCUGAAGAUUGUCCAUCAGGUGAAGAGUCUACACCAUUAAUAUCCUUUCAGACCCACAUCAUGAAUGUCGACAAUACGCCAAUAAUAAAAUUAAAAGAGAUCACCUACACAACAGCAACUCUUCUGGUCCAUAUUCCACUCCCUAAUAGGAAAGAAAACAUUCUGGUACAAUAUAACAACAGCAUGUACACAGACAUAAAGAACCUAGCCACAGAAAAGGAGGAAAUUAAAAUUGAAGAAUUAAUUCCCCAUACAAAUUACACAUAUUGUGUGACUUCCAUUCAAAAUUCACUGAGAUACAAUGAAACUUGCGUCACCUUCUCUACAAGGGCUAAGGCCAAAGCAAAACCAUUGCCUGCCACUUCCAAUACCACUCAUUACAUCAUGACCAUUCUCGGUUGCCUCUUCGGGGUAGUCAUAAUCUUGGGUGUGAUCUAUUACUGUCUGCGUAAAAAAAAAGAGGAACAAGUAAAGAACAAGAAAUCAGGAAAUGCAAAGAAGACAAUCAUAGAGCUGAAAUACGCCCCAGAGUUGGAGACCAUCACCAUCACCCAAAUGGCACAGAAGCCAGUCCCACCCUCCGACAUGAUGUCAUCCAGGAUGCCUUUCCUGCCUUCAGCGGGGGAUCUGGAAGAGUACAAUCUCCGGGAGGUGAUUGAAAGUCCGAAGCUCAGUCGAGGAAACUAUAUGGAUGUGAGGUCAGGUGAACAUCAAUAUCACAGAGACAUCCUCGAGAGUAUGUUUGGAGAGAGUCAGGACUCUGCUGCUGAAAUAUCAACCAUAGCAAAAGAAGUGGAUCAAGUGAACCUGAUCAUCAAUAAUUGUAUUGAUGCUCUGCAAACAGAGUCCAGUUCCUUCAGAGGCCCCAAUGCUAGGACCUUGGCUUCAGUGGAACCCCAGGACUUCUUGGUUUCUGAACAGUCCCAGAGCAAGUCAGGGUUCCUGUCCCCUAUUUACCGGGAAAGUUACCAUCCACUAAAGAGACACAGCAGUAUGGAUGCAGCAACCAAAUGCCCCAGCAUCUCUUCCAACUGCUCCGUGCGCAGCCCUCGAUCAGUGCAUUCUGAGAUUUAUGCUGGCCCCAGGUACAAAUCAGAGGCGAAAUACAUUGAAAGGACCUCUCCAACACGCAGUGCCAUCCUGAGCGGAACCCCAUGUCGAAUUGUGAGAUCAGAAACAGCGCAAAUACAGCCCUAUAGUGAUCACUCGCACCUCUAUGCCGGCUUGCAACAUGGAGAGCGAAAGCAGAUGAGGAGUCCAAGCCCAUGUGUCCUUGAAGCCCUCCCAAGAUCUCGAUCCAGGAGAAAUUUGGCCUACACUCAGUUCUCCCCCCAGUACCACAGCGUCAGCUAUGCCUCCAGCCCAGAAUACUCCAGCAAACCCUCUAAGGGGGUCUGGGAGCGAUACAAACCUCAUGAGAAGUGGCACAGGAAGGAUGAAUACCUCGCUGCAGGAUAUGCACUGAGGAAGAAAGUGCAAUUUGCAACAGAUGAGGACUUGCAUGAUAUUCUAGAUUACUGGAAAGGAGUUUCCAGCCAGCACAAAUCUUGACUCCUCAUUCAUCAAGACAAAAUUGGACCAAAAAAAUUAAAAUAUCUGUUUUUACCUAAUUAUAUUAACUUCUUAAAAAGGACUGAAUGCACUAAGAAUUCUUGAAACUGAACUCUGAAACUUGUGUAAAGGAUUUCCCUUUUUCUCUCUCGCUAUAUAUAUAUAUAUAUAUAUAUAUAUACAUAUAUAUAAUAUAUAUAUGCAUAUAUAUAUGAUAUAUAAUAAAAAGGAAAUCCAAUGACUUGGAAUAUUGGAUAUUAUUUAUCGCAUGACUCUGUCCUGUGACUGUGACUCACUGUAGUGUACAUGGGGCAUUGUUCGUUGUACAAUGUACACCGUGACUGGACUGUGCCGUGUAAUUGUAGCUCACACACCGCUCACACCUUGCAUUGUACAGUAAUAUUUACCAGUAAAUCUUCCCCUUUAUCCCUGCAGUUCUGUACAGAUAAAUUUCUAUAUUUGCAAUGAUGUUUCUGGAUUUUUUUGCCUGUUUGUAUCAGGUUUUAAUUGCAGAUUUUACAGAAUAGUCUGUUUGGUUCCCAGUGAAUGUCUGACAACUGGCCCUGAUCAUUGGAUAAAACUG